GCCGGAAGUUGACUUUACACGCGUGGCCUCGCAUUGGUGUCAAAAGUACAUGACGUCAAUCCAAGAUGGCUGCUGUGCGAUAAAGGCGAAUUGAUUUUUUCCCUUGCAAUUAUCCUUUCCUUUUUCUCACCUCUUUUACUCUUGCCUGCUUUUGCUCUUCAUAUCCUUUCUGACAGCUCACGUUUUUUCAAUUAGCUACGUCAGUGCGGUUGAUAUCCAAAACAGACAGUUGUGUGGAAAGAUCUAUCCUAGCUCUAUUAUCUGCUUAUCAAGAAUAUCUAUUGACACCUAAAUUGAUGAUGUCACAAGUGGUACUACCUACAAAGUGCAUGACCCCUCAGCAUAUGAAAACGUUUAAGGGUUCAGUAGCUCUCAGUUGAGUUUUUAUUAGCGUAUAAAUCACAGACUCAGAAUACUUCAACAAUAUACAACCAGACAAUAAAUACAAGUGCCUUCUAAAUGGGAGCAAUUCAUUGCAGAUUCACCAUCCACUAAAUCCAGAUGGAAGCCGUUCAACAAGAGGACAAAGAGUACAUCUUCAGCUCUGGGAUACUGCUGGACAGGAAAGAUUUAGGAGUUUAACUACAGCAUUCUUUCGAGAUGCCAUGGGAUUCCUUCUAGUCUUUGAUCUGACACAUGAGCAGUCAUUCUUAAAUAUUAGGAACUGGUUAAGUCAGCUACAAACACAUGCUUAUUGUGAAAACCCUGAUAUAGUCCUAAUUGGUAAUAAAGCAGACCUUGAGGAUCAGAAACAAGUGGAUGAAAAUGAAGCAAGAACACUUGCAGAGAAUCUGGGUCUGAAGUAUUUUGAGACUAGUGCAUUUAAUGGACAGAAUGUGAGCAAGUCUGUAGAAGCCCUGCUUGACCAGGUUAUGGCAAGAAUGGAAAACUGUGUUGAUAAAGCCACAUUACCUAACAAUGUUUUUAACAACAACCCCAACAGAGGCACAAAAUUGAGAGAAGUUGAUGAAGCAAAUGAUGAAUCACAAGGUGGCUGUUCUUGCUAGUCUGAUGCUGAUGUGAUAGCAAUAUUAUUAUUGUUACUUCCCAAGUGGAUUUUAAAGUGCAUAUGAAAAUACAUGUAUAUGAACUACAUUCAUUAUAUGUACAUUCUUUUCAAAUAGGAAUUGGUCAUCUUGAAAUAAGAAGAAAAUUGAUGAAAAUUGUUAUAGCAGUCUAGGGAAUGAAUAUAAUUAUAUUAUUAAUAGUUUUGGUUCAAGACUAAGCAUGGAUUUUGUUGGGCCUCAUGUGAACUCACUUCCUUGAAGUUCAAACAUUUGGUUCCAUGUUGGGUAAUUUACAUGUAUAUAUAUAAGAGGUCAUUUUUGAUGUGUAUGUCCUGGUAAGUUAAAUUGAAAUGUUGUUUAAUUGGACACACACAACAUCUUUCACGUGCACUUUAAAAUGUACCACCAAAUAAAGAAGGCUAAAUCUAAUAUUAUUAUUAACAUGAAAUGCUAUGGCUAGGUGUGAAUAGUAGCCGUAUUUAUUGUUUGGAUAGAGAUGCAUGCAAGUUUACCAUUUUGGCAAAGUCCAAAUUUUUAUUUGUAAGAGUGGAAUAAUGAAAUUGGGUCAAAAUACCCAGAAAAUGGAUUAUUCAAUAUGUAAAAAUCACUUUUCCAAAACCAAUAAAUGUUUUGGAACACAACUGGAAAUUGCUAAAUAAGUUUACAACUUCCCACACUUUUGCAAUUGUUGCCAUACUGUGUAGCUAAGUGAUGGAAAUAAGUCUUUCUUACAUGGAAUAACGAGUCAGAUUAAACAUUCUGUCUUAUUAUUAUUUUUUUUUUUAUAACUUUUUUUUAUGAAACCAUGGCUCCAUUUAUGUACUAAUUACCCUUGUACCUAGAUUGCCUUUUUUCUGUUUUCUCCGUGGCCAAUAAGUGCCCAGAAGUAUGCAAGAGGUACAGAGCAUGUGGUAUAUUGGAGCCCUUUCAACAGAAUUUGUCGUCUUUCCUGUCUUUCCUCUUAAAAUUGAUGAUUUUGUACAGGUGACAAAUUUAUCCUUGUCAUCCUUUUCCUUGCCAAGAUGUGGCUACCAGAAAAAUAAUUUGAUAGUCGACUCUUGGGUUUAUUAUAAAGGGUCAAAGAACAAACAGGUACAUUACUUUCUGUAGUUUGUGUGUAAGAAACAUCCUUAUAAGACUUGUACUAAAUCAACCUUACAGUAAUUAUUAACAAUGAUUAUUGGCUAUUUUUUAGUUGGUAUCUCUAGAAAUGUGGCCUACUGUGAUCAAAUUUUGGGAUUUUGGGUUAUACAUGUUGAAGUUCCAAAUAGCAGCAAUAUCUUUGGGGAUAAUAGCAUCUUUGGUUGUAGAAUUCAAAAUCUUAGUGCUAGUGUUGAGGCUGGUGCCCUUGCCCACCUGUACCCUUGCCCCGAGAUUCUGGAGGGGGGAAGUCAGAAAUCGUUGUUUGAAUGACAUUUUUAGCCACAUAAAAAAAUGAGCCACAAGGUUGAAGGAGGUAACUUCAAUUUUUGUAAUAAUGUCAUGGCUGAAAAAUGCAAUCUUCCAAAAUAAUGUGCUUUUAGUCUUUAAUUUUGCUGUUCUGAAUUCUGAAUAUAUUUCUUAAUGUUUCUUAAUUUGUAAUUAUACACUAGUGCAAUUAUUUAUAUUCUUAUUCUUUCAUAAUGUCAAAAUUGACUUGUGAAUAGUAACAAAAUAAAUUUUUUUCUUUGAUAAACUGUUCAUGUACACUUAGUAAAUGAUUUGAACACAGAUGCGUCUGUAGAUUGUAUAGUGUGAUCAGUACCCGUGCAGCUGCAGGCUACUGGCAUUUUGACAACCUAAGUGAAGUCAUCUUGAGAGUUAAGAUUGUUUUGGGGUAGACACGUGGCUAUUUUCUCUCAGUUUGUUGAAACGCCAGUCACCAAGUCCAUCAACAGCAGUCAUUUUCAGGACUGCUUACGCACACAGUCACGCUAGAUGCACCCAAAGCCAGUACAAAAGGAACACAGAUUCAUACCUUACCUAUAUAAUGAAAUAAGACUCUGUUGGCGCGGAAAACAUUAUGUGACAUAACUGUUUGUUAUGCCCCUCAACCGAAAUACCUCUGAGGAUUGGACAAGAUCUUAUCACGGGACUGGACUCGCGCGUGAUUAAGUCACGCGUGUUGUAGUAAUCAUCGAAAAUUACAAACAUAGGCAGGCAAUGAGUGCAUGAGCUAUUUUGGAGGUUGGUUUAACCUCGUUUAGUCAGGAGUGAUUCACCUUACAAACGUAACACUGAAAUACCUAACAUUUCCAUUGCCCGAUCUUCACACACGCUUUUGGCGACAGCAAUUUCGUCGGCGGUUUAUGCGUCAUUCGCUGCUUCACACGUUGUUCCAACCGGGUGUUAACAUCUUUUACCCCUGCU